ACCUCUCCAUAAGAUCCAGUAUGAAUGUAUUAGAUAUAACAACUCCUAGUCACAACAAAAUCUAAUGCAGAGCAGAGCAGAAGCAUAAAUGAUGCAUACAUUACAAACAGGACCACCAUCUCCUCUCCCCGCCCCCAACAGCAGCAUCCCACCAUACUAACCCUCGUCUUCUCUUCAUCUUUUGUUUGUAUCAUCUCUUAUAUGCUCUCCUUCCCUCUCUGCCAUUUUUGGCUGUCAUAGCCGUCAGCGUCGCCGUGACAUGGCGACCGGGUGGGUCAAGUCCCUGCAUUGCAAGUCUAGCGCCGUGGAGGACGUCGUCUAUCCCCCGACGCCGUCGUCCAAGAAGCCGCUGCUUGCCUCCGUCUCCUGCGGCAACUCCUCUCACGCCGUUAAGGAAGUCGUCUCCCUCGUCCCUAAGCGCCCCUCCUCGGCGUCGUCCUCGUCCUCGUUCGCCGAAAAGCACCGGUCCAAAACGAGGGCCAAGCAUCACACUAGACCGAGGCCCGCCCGCCCGUCCAAGCCACCGCAGACGGCGCGGGUUCUCGUGGGGCCCACCCACGCGAACCCGUUCCCGACGCUGGCGGAGCUGCCGGCGGGCCACUGCUCGCGGCGUGUGGUGGAGAUAAUCUUUAGCUCGAGCUGGGCAUCUUCCUCCUCCUCCGGCAACGGCGGCGGUGCCGCGGCUUUCCCGGGCGAGAUCGAGAUGCUCUUCCGGGUCCACAACCCGGCCCGGACGGUGGUCCGGUUCGAGGAGUACCGCGCGGCGGUCCGCGCCCGGGCACACAACGACGCGCGCUGCGCCGCCGACGGCAACGAGAUGAUGCGGUUCUACUGCGGGGGUGGCGCCGGGUGCGUGUACGACGCCGGCGUGGCGUGCGGCGCGGUGUGUUCGGCGGGGAGGAAGGUGGAGGGGGUCCGGACAUUCGCGGGGAGCGGCGGGGCGCAUGAGUACGGCGGCGGCGGGGCCGGGCGACAGUCGAUGCUGGUGUGCCGGGUCAUCGCUGGCCGGGUGAGGGGCGAGUCGAACCCCGACUCGGCGGCCGAGUCGGUGAGCGUGGGGAACGGAGAGCUUGUGGUAUUGGAUCCCAGAGCCGUGCUCCCCUGCUUCCUUAUCAUCUACAAGCUCUAAACCUAACCAUUAACGAUUACUUCCUCCUCUUAAAGAUUUCUCUUCCAUAAAAAGAAAUCUCUUCUUUCUUUGUGCCGAUUCUCUAACUCGGUCUACCGACUCGGUGGUCUCUGGUUUUUCCAAACAGGUAUAAAAUUUUUGUUUUGUUGCCCCUUGUCUUCUUUCAAGUUUUCCAUUUUGUUCUUGGCGUGCUCGAGUGUGUCAGCUGUAUAUUUGUGUGUGUGUUGUAAGAAGCUUCUUCGUUUGUUGUUGGAUUUAUUUGGUGUGGUUUAGGGGAUUUGGAUCUGUCUGGGGACAAAA